UGCGCAUGCGCUGUGCUCCCCACUUCCGCCCCGUCGCCAGGCGCCGCCGGAGCUGGGUCGCGGCAGCUGUGUGGAGCCUCGGGCCCCGCGGGCUGAGGAGCCGCUGCCGCCAUCGCCAUGGUGUUUUACUUCACCUCCAAUGUCGUUCCUUCCGUUUACACCAUUUACAUGGGAAAAGAUAAGUACGAAAAUGAAGACCUAAUAAAGUAUGGCUGGCCUGAAGAUAUUUGGUUUCAUGUGGAUAAACUCUCGUCAGCACACGUGUACCUUCGGUUACACAAGGGGCAGACAGUGGAUGACAUUCCUAAAGAAGUUUUGAUAGACUGCGCCCAUCUAGUGAAGGCGAAUAGCAUUCAAGGUUGCAAGAUGAACAACGUCAACGUGGUGUACACGCCGUGGACUAACCUGAAGAAGACCGCGGAUAUGGAUGUGGGGCAGAUCGGCUUUCACAGGCAGAAGGAUGUGAAAAUGCUGACAGUGGAGAAGAAGGUGAAUGAGAUCCUGAACCGGCUAGAGAAGACAAAAGUGGAGCGCUUCCCAGACCUGGCUGCUGAGAAGGAAGCCCGGGACAGAGAGGAGAGGAAUGAGAAAAAAGCCCAGAUCCAAGAGAUGAAGCGGAAGGAAAAGGAAGAGAUGAAGAAGAAGAAAGAGCUGGAAGAACUUAGGAGCUACUCAUCGUUAAUGAAGGCUGAGAACAUGUCCUCCAAUCAGGAUGGCAACGAUUCGGAUGACUUUAUGUAAAUAAAGUCUCUCUCCUUUCUCAAUCAUGAGGUGGUUUGGGAUGUCUUAAUAUGUCAUCAUCGCUAAGAAUGCCAAAAAACAAAAAAACACCCAAAAAAGUGAACUCUGACGCCAUUUCUUCAGAACCUGGUUGGUUCUCCCGGCAGCCUGACCAGCUCUGUGCCACGGACACCUUCUGAAGGGAGAAGACCUGUAUGCCUGCACAUGCAUCUCUUUUUUUUCAGGGACGUGGGUGGAAGGAAGAGAAUUGACUUUCAGUUCGAUAAAGACGAUAAUAUUUAUUCUA